CCCCGCGCACCAGGCGGAGGGCCCACGGGGAUGGGCAUGGCUGGCGGGAUGCACGGGAUGCCCUUUCGGGACGGCAUGCCCUUCCCGCCGGGCAUGGGCUUCCCGCCCGGCAUGGGCUUCCCGUCCGGCUACUUCCCGCCCGGGGCCUUCCCGCCGCAUUGGGGGGCGCCGGACGGCAAGAAGAAGGACAAGAAGGACAAGGAUGGCGACAAGGAGAAGAAGGAGAAGCCCGACAAGAAGAAGAAGGGCAAGAGGAAGUGCAGUAGCAGCCGAUCCGACGGCGGCAAGUCGAGCAGCGGUGGGUCCAGGCGGAAAAAGAAGAAGGGCAAGAAGAGGACCCGCCAGCCAUAAAGGGGACCUCGGCCUCCUGCUCCUCCAGCUGGGAAAGCCUGGCGGCCUGAGGAUUCGGGGCGUGUGUUCGUCCCCUACAGUCGGG